AUGGAACUUAAUGGACUUCCCAACCUCAUGCCACUGGUGGUGGCGUCCAUGUUCCUGUCCCAUUGUCAAGUGCAGUGCAUGGACUAUGGCUACGGGGACCGUAUAUACAACAAGCAGCCGCAGUGUACGCCCAUUCCCUCGGAGCUGACUCUGUGCAGAAACAUUGCGUACGCGCAGAUGAGACUGCCCAACCUCCUGGGCCACGAGACAAUGACCGAAGUGUUGGACCAGGCCGGUACCUGGGUCCCCCUGCUGCCCAAACGGUGCCACCCGAACACCCGCUUAUUUCUGUGCUCUCUGUUUGCCCCCGUGUGUUUGGAACACCCCAUCUACCCCUGCCGCUCCCUGUGCGAGGCCGUCCGGGAUGGCUGCUCUCCCGUCAUGCUGAAGUUCGGCUUCCCGUGGCCUGAUAUGCUCAGGUGCGACAAGUUUCCCCCGGACAACGACCUCUGUAUCACCACUCAGUCCGGGGAGGUGGAUCCCCUACCGCCCGAAGUGGACCAGCCCCAGCCCGUGUGCAUGGCCUGUCAGAGCAACGGAGAAGGCUGGAAGGACCUGGUGGCGUACUACUGCCAGAACGACUUCGUCAUCAGAGCGAAGAUCGAGCAGAUCAAGAUCACCCGGCGGGACACCAAGAUCGUGGUGGGGCGGCGCAAGCGGGUCAUGAAGAAGGCGGGGAUCCGCAAGCGGGACAUGCGCAACCUGACGCUGAUGCUGCAGGACAGCGACGUGUGCACGUGCGACGAGAUCCAGGACACCAAGUCACAGUUCCUCAUCAUGGGCAAGAAGGUCGACAAGCAGUUCAUCGUCACCGUCAUCCGACAGUGGAAGCGCUCCAAGGACUUCCGGAAAGCCUCCCGCUCCUUUAAAAAGGGCUGCCAACAGGACGCUGCUGAUUCGCAGGAUCGGGAGGAGGCGGCGGGGAACACGGGACGCAGACGGGGCGGCCGGAAUCGGCAGAGAAAUUAG